AUGAAGACAAGAAGGAAGCUGGGAAGAAUAAGAAGGCAAGGACGAAGAGACAUAUGCGAGAGCCACGACCGCGACCAGUCGCUAGAGAUCCCUUUCGAUCUCGUGAUCGAGACUCUCACUAGACUGCCUGCGAAAUCCCUUAUGAGGUUCAAAUCUGUGACAAAGCUCUGGUCAUCCUUAAUUUGUUCCCAAUAUUUCACCAACCGUUUCCUAAAUGUUUCAUCAUCGCCACCGCGUCUUUACAUGAUGUUGGGCUUGGGCAACAACAAUGUAUUACUAUCAUCGUCGGCUUCUCCUAACUCGGACCGUACUACUAUGCAUUCCUUUGUAGUUGACCAAGAUUUGACCACCUCAGGGAUGGAAGACUUCUCCGUUUCUCACGUUUUUCGCGGUUUCAUAUGCUUUGUAAAUGGUGCAAGUGCGAAAAUAUACAACACUAGCACUAGGCAACUUGUAGCCUUACCUGACAUCGAAUAA